AUGUCAUUUCAAUACAGAUCUUCUUCUAUUUUAUCAACUUCAAUUUCAGGGAUAGGUGGCUCUCCUCUUCAUAUCCAAUCAUCUCAGAAGGAAGAUGCUAAUUCGGCCAAGAUAUUGACAUCCGAGUUAACUACGUUAGAUCCCAUUGGUGAUCCUAACCAAGAUCUUGUUUAUAUGAUUUUUCAACUUAAAGAACAGGAUCAUGGAAUCAGUUCUAAAGAAGUUCCACCAAGAAGCUAUAUCUCCAGAUUUGCUCCUCCGAUAUGUGACAUGGAGAUCCCCAAAUGUAUCCAACUUUUCAACUUGAAGCUAUAUGAUGGUACUAAAGGUCCUAAAGAGCAUGUUGCCCGAUUUAGGGUGAAAAUAGAAAGAUUUCCUAUUCCUGCACAUUUGAGAGAAGGAUACUUGUGCAAAGGUUUCAAAUCUACUCUUAUGGGUUCCGCAAACUUAAUUAAAAACCUUUAUAAGAUUACUCAAGGUCCUAAUAAAUCUCUUGCGAGUUAUCUUAACAGAUUUUGUCAAAAGUGCUUUCCUAUCCUAGAUCUUGAGAUCACUUUGGCGGUACAGGCUUUCCAUAUGGGUUUGCGUAGUGAUUCUCCACUCUAUGAUGAUCUAUCAGAAAAUCCAUGUAGGAGCUUAUUGGAGGCAAGGAUUCGAGGUUCAAGAUAUGCAGAUGAAGAGGAUAGGAUGAGGAUAAAGUUGCAAUCUGCUUAUGAUUGUCCCAACCGAAAAUUGAAAGCCCCGUCUUUCAUAUCUCUUAGGGCCAAACCCUAUUCAAGAUCUGAUUAUCACAGAAUCGACAACGUGGAUAAAGAUAAGGAGAAUGAGGAAUAUCCUAACAUAAAUGACUAUCAUUUUUCUGUUGACAUUUCAGGUCUAAUUUUUGCAAUGUAUAAACUUGGGAACAAAGUGAGAUGGCCAAAAGCAAAAAAUAAAAAUCCUAAACGGAGCGGAAAACUCGAUUGGUGCGCUUUUCUCAAGGAUUUCAGCGACAUGACUAAAGAUUGUCUUGCUUUAAGGAAAGAAGUAGGCAUUCUGGUGAGCAAAGGAUACCUCGACGAGAUCUUGAGAAGGAGUAAGGCGUGA